GAACGAAGAAAAAGCAAAAUGGCGUUUGACGGAGAAGACGUUGUGUUUAUAAUAGUUGUGUGUUCUUAAUCGGUACGUACAUGUACACAUUUAUGUCGUUUGAUAGAGUAAAAAUAUUUAAUAAUUGUUUGUAUUUGGAUACAUUAGUCUGAGCGCACUUUGCAGCUCCUCGUGUUAGCUUAGCUUGCUAGUUAGCUUAGCGUGUUAGCUGCUAACAAAGAGAGGCGGAAGUGAUCAAAACACAUCGCUAAGCAGAGAUCAAGUGUGAGUGUAAAGUGUUGUGAUUGUGUGAAAAUGUGCGAAAGAACGAUAGCAGAGUACGAGGAGGAACUUUGUCCAACAAAAGAGGAGAAGGAGCGACAACAUCAACUACUGGACGCUGUUUUCAAGAAACAUCAAGUUGUGUUACACAGAACAGACGUCCAGCAGCCCCCCCACAUUAAAGAGGAAGAGGAGGAAGUGUGGAUCACUCAGGAGGAAGAGUGUCUUCUAGGGCAGGAGGAGGCUGAUCUCACCAAGUUUCCACUGACUGUUGUCUCUGUGAAGACUGAAGAGCAUGAAGACAAACCACCUGAGUCCUCACAGCUUCAUCACAGUCCAAAUGUCUGUCAGGAACAUCAUCUCCCUGAGCAACAGGAGCGGAGCUUCAAGAUGGAGCAGGAGGAGCCACAGCCCCCCUACGUUAAAGAGGAAGACGAGGCGCCACAGACCCCUCAGCUUAAAAUGGAAGAGGAGGAACACAGCAUCAGUCAGGAGGGAGAGCAUCUUGAAUGGUUGGAGGAGUUCCCAGUGACUGGUGUCCCUGUGAAGAGUGAAGAUGAUGAGGUCAAAGGUGAAAGUGAGGAGAGGAGAGAGGCGGAGCCUCCAAGCAGCAGCUCAACAGAAGCUGAUGGAGACCACUGUGGAGGAUCACAAGCAGACAAGCUCUUAGCUCCACUAUCAGAUAGUGAGGACACAACGUCACACUCUCCUGACACUGAUGAUGAAGACUCUAAAGAUGAUAAGACAUGUCACACUGACAACACACACCUGACAUGUUCUCUCUGCGACAAAACUUUCAGUUACCGUUCUUGUCUGAAAACACACAUGAGAGCGCACACCGGAGAAAAACCUUAUUCCUGCUCAGAAUGUGGUAAAUGUUUUGCACGAAAACAUGUGUUGAAAGAACACACGCAAAUACACACCGGAGAAAAACCUUUUUCCUGCUUAGUAUGUGGUAAAAGUUUUGUACAAAGACACAAUUUGAAAGUACACAUGAGAAUACACACCGGGGAAAACCUUUUUACCUGUUCAGUCUGUGGUAAAGACUUUGUGCAGAGACAGUAUUUGAAAGUACACAUGAGAAUGCACACCGGAGAAAAACCUUUUCCGUGCUCAAUCUGCGGUAAAGGUUUUGUAACGAGGCAAAAUUUGAAAGUGCACAUGAGGAUACACACCGGUGAAAAACCGUAUUCCUGUUCAAACUGCAACAAAGGCUUUUGUGACCGGUCAACACUCGUCAGACACAUGAGAACACACACCGGAGAGAAAGUGUUGAGUUGCGAUCUUUGUGGUGAAAGAUUCUCUUAUAAGUACCAGUGUAAGAAACACAAGUGUGCAGGUGAGAACAGCAGCAGCAAAUGAAGAUGCAGGAUUUUAAAUUAACUGUACAAAAUAUAUAUAUAUUUAUAUAACUUUGACUUUUUAUCGACAUCAGCACACAUAACAUGUGUGACAUCAUCGUUGUGUGCGUAACACAAUUUACUUAAUAUCCUUUUACUAUUUGUAGAUUUGAUGUUGUUAGGGAUGUAACAGUAUCAAAAUCUCACGGUUAGAUAUCACGGUAUUAAGGCCAUGGUACAAUACUAUUGUGGUAUAUGUCCAAAAAAAAAAAAAAGACUUAAAAAUGAUAAAUUGUGUAAAAUGAAGAAGCAGGAAUGUUUAAUAAAAAAAAAACACUUAUUGUAAUAGAACACAAACAUAAUGCUUAAAGGUUCUAAUCAUAUUUAUUACUACAAACAAGUAUUUUUAAGUGCAAAUAAUUGUGCAGGAAUAUCCACAGUUUCAAGCAAAUAUUUAAAAACAUUACAUUUGCGUGUCUUUAAAGUGACAAUGUACACCUCCAGUGCAAAACACUAAUGUUCACUUUAGUGUCUUUGAACUUUUACUUGAUGAGGAGCAGUGUCCUCCACAGUGGACAUGUUAAUUGCAGUCUGGAAUAUGCUGUUUCUCAGAAAAGUUAACUAACAAUCUAACUUUUAGUAAUGUAAAUACCUCACAAACUGAUGUGUGUGAGCAGACGCAGAACGCAGACUUUCUUACCUCCGCCAAAGAGGUUAUGUUUUCUGUUUGUUAGCAACAUAACACAAAGAGACCGAUUCUGAUUAAAUGUCCUAAAAAAAACUAUUCAUCUUACCUACUACGUACACACUUCACUUCCUGCCUAUGACGCCCCUACUUGGCCACUCCCGCGCUGCGCAGAGGAUUCUGGGAGAUGUAGUUUAUUUCAGAGUGCAAAGGAACAAAAAUCCACUCACCAAGUUUUGAUACCGUCACACAUUUAUUCUAAUUGUAAAUGAUUCCAUGGAUAAACUCCAUUAUGAGAUAUACACAUUUGUUCAUACCUUUACUCUCAUAAAUCCCUCUUAGUUCAUACUUACUGGUUCACAUUUGAAACAUCUUCUGGACCACCUUUAGAAGCAUAUUACACUCUUUUGUAAUAUACAUAUUAUUUUGUGAC